UCCCUCCCAUAGCAUCACUUCCUUUUUCACGAAAAGGCUGGCUUGGAUUGAUCGGGUUCGGAGAGCUGCUGGUAGGCUGGUCGGCGUAUCAGCCCCGGAGAAGAGCCGGGCUGCCACCAUGAAGGUUCAGCUUGCAGCGCUGUCCCCUUUCUUUCUAUCUUCUUUUUGCCAGUGGUUCGUUGCGGUUGCAGCUGGAGAAGCGUUUGGAAACGGUUUUGGAGAUCAUAUUCACUGGAGAACACUAGAAGAUGGGAAAAAGGAAGCUGCAGCCAGUGGAUUGCCUCUCAUGAUAAUAAUUCAUAAAUCCUGGUGUGGUGCUUGCAAAGCUUUAAAACCAAAGUUUGCUGAGUCAAAGGAAAUCUCUGAGCUUGCCCAUAAUUUUGUGAUGGUUAACCUUGAGGAUGAAGAAGAACCUAAGGAUGAAGCUUUUAGCCCUGAUGGGGGUUACAUUCCUAGAAUUCUUUUCAUGGAUCCCAGUGGAAAGGUCCAUCCAGAGAUCAUAAAUGAGAAAGGAAACCCCAACUACAAGUACUUUUAUACUAGUGCUGACCAAGUCAUCCAAGGGAUGAAGGAAGCCCAAGAGAAGUUAACAGGGGAUGCCUUCAAGAAAAAACAUAUUGGAGAUGAAUUAUAAUAUACUGAAGAUGUAUUUUGAAUAGGCUCAGCAUCUAAAUUUAGAUAUGACCUUUUAUCUUCCCUAACUUUUUUCAUAUAAAAAUUGUUGGUGCUCUGAAAAAAAAUGCUAUUGAUAUUAGACCAAAUGCUGUCUAAUUUUCACACAGUGAAUUCAAAUAAAGCAGUAUAUCCUCCCUUGUUUACAUUGAAAUGGAUGUUUAUAGGAGAAAAAAAUGGCUAAAAUACUUUAACAAAUAAAUGCUUCAAUCUUAACUGCAUGAUAAAUCAGGGUUUCAAUGGAAUUUAAAGCCAAAUUAUAGGGACACAUAUAUGAUUAUGUUGAGGGCAUUAAUCGUAAAGAUCUUUUUAAAUAUUAUCUUACUAAUAAAACUUGUUCAUUUUAGUAGAUUUUGAGAAAAGGAUGUUUUUUUUUUCUCUUCAAUGUGAGCUAAAUUCAGCAUUUCUCAUCCUGGUAAUGCUGUGCAUAUAUAGGAUACAACUCCCACAAUUCAUGCUGGCUGGAAAUUAUAGGAGUUAUGGCUCAUAUGUAAAUUGCCAGAUUGAGGAUUAAAUUCGAACCACAUCUAUGAGCCUCAAGUCAAAUUUAUUAAAUAGAUAAAUCUGCUAUGAAGACUAUCCUAACAGUGCAAUCCUAUGCAUGUCUACUCAGAAGUAAGAGGCAUUGAAUUCCAUAGAGUUUACUCCCAAGUACAUUAGUAUAGGAUUGUGGUAUAUAUAGGCUUGUUUUUCUGCUUGCACCAGGAGAGAAUGAAACAAAUAUUAAUUAUACAAUUAUGUGUACUUUUUCCUGAUAGAAUUGCCUGUUACUCCAUUUGGUUGAUUUAGACAAACUUUGCUUUUAUGUAUUUGUGCAUUCAUCUUUCAAGUUUUUUAUUCAUGGAAGAAAAAAUCUCUCACUGAAUGUUUAUGGUGGUUGCCUUAUUUCAGCAUGCUGUACUGUAUUUUUGUACCAGUGGACAGUAAACAAUAAAUUUUAUUUUUAAUUUUU